AUAUGAGUGAAAUAAGCAUAGAAAAUUCAAUAUUUAAGGAAGAGAAAGAAGAAUUCUCUUGGGAUGAAAACGCGUUAAAAGAUUUCAAAAAGGUUAUCAGAGAUCAAGGAUUUAAAUUUCAAAUGGAUGAUAUUUUUCUUCUUGGUUUUCUUCGUGCUAGAAAGUAUGAUAUUGAAAGAUCUCUUCAGUUACUUAAAAAUUACUUCAAAGUUAGAAUAGAAUAUCCCCAAUACUUUAAGAAUCUUCUUCCUUCCAAGUUGAGUCAUGUUUUAGACAUGAAUAUGAUGCAGUUUUUACCAAAACUCGAUCAGAAUGGAAGUUACAUUUAUGUUUACAAAUUUCGUAAUUGGGAUACGUCUGUUGCAAGUGGUAUUGAGAUGUUGCGUGAAAUAAUGCUUGUAAUGGAUUUUCAGUUAAAUUUUCACAGAACUCAAGAAAGAAAAAUUGUUUGUAUUAUUGAUUCAGCGGGUUUAUCCUUGACUCAUUUCUAUCAUUUUACACCUAGAAUCAUCAGUUCACUGGUGACUUUUAUCCUUAAAAAUUCCUAUUCGAUUCGAUAUAAAGCAAUACAUCAUGUCAACCUCAAUAUCAUCAUAAAGGCAAUUUUAAGCGUUAUGCUCCCACUUUUAUCAUCUAAACUCCAGAAGAGAAUUCAUCUUCAUUCUGAUAUGGAAUCUCUAUGCAAAUUCAUCAGCCCAGACUGUUUGCCUUCGGAUUAUGGAGGAAAUUUACCAAAUGUCGAUCCAACUGAAGCAAAUAAUAUGAUUAAAGCUAACGAAGAGUUGUUUAUAAGAAACGAAGAAUACGUAAAAUUGUACGAAGAACAACUAAAUAAAAAUUUUACUGAGGGUACAUUCAGAUACAUUGGCGAGGAUGCAGAAGAGGAAAAGAUGAAAAGAUUUAUAGAAAAAUCAGAAGAAAAAUUUAAAUGUCAUUCUGACAAUCCAGAAGCUUUCAUAGCUGCUUUGAAAGAAGAUUCUGAAUUUGAAAUUACUCAUUUUUAAAUACAUUUCAUGUACAAAAUAUCUAACUUUUAUACCUGUUAGGGGUUAGUUAUAUUGAAUAUGUUAAUUUUGUAAAGAAUUUGUAGACAGCCUGUAUUUUCUUACACAGCAGUACUUCGAGUUUUAAAGGAAAAACCAGUUUUACAGACGUUUCGAGUUUGUUAAUAGAAUCAAUAAUUCCUUUUGUUAACAAGUUUUUUCUUUGUAAAAUGUAUUAUUUCCAAUAAUUUGAUUGUACUUUUUAUUAUUUCGUUAUUUUUAUCUGAUACUCAAUAGUUAAAAGAAGUAAAUAUGUUUUUAGUUAUAAUCAUUUCCUGCUAAUGUUAUGGAAAAACAUAUUAUUCUGUCAUGUUUCAAAGACAUUUAUUCGUAUGUUGUAAUAACAGUAUUAAAAUUUAUAAUUUAUUCGCUGUUGGUUAGCAGAAUUUAUUAUAUAAAAUUCUCUAGUAACGAGGGAAAUCUUUCAGGUGAUUGUGGAGAUGGAGCUUGGAACUGUUUUUACGUAAAUUAGAGUGUGUGAGAAGUAUCUAACUUUGCAAUUAUCAGUUAACCUCUAAGAUAGGUAAAAAGUAAAAAAAAAUAUUGUGAUAAUGAAGACUAUUUUUGUACUAAUCUGUUCUAUCUUCCGAAUAAAUAACCGUUAGGUAAUAAAGAAUUACGAAUAAAUAAACUUAAGUAUAUAACAAAUAAGCUAAUUAUUCAAUAUUAUAACACGUGCUUUCGGAAAAUCUACAUUAUUAUGUAACCUUUUACAUUAACUUUAUACAUCCCACCCUAAAAUAUCAAUUAAUUUUUAUUUACAUUCAAAUUUAGAGUUAUAUGUAGCACAAUCUAUUGGCAAAAAGUUAACAAAAUAAUUAACUAAAUACAAUUCGUACAAAAAAGUAAAUAAUCAUUAAAAGUAUAUAUUAUAUUUACUGAAUUACUGGGACAAUUAUGUAGCGCGUAAUAGAUGCGCCAUAACUGCGACACGUAGCACAUAGCACUUAACUGCGUGGAAUGUAGUAGUGCGUUGCCCCUGUACAUCGUACUUUUCCUGUUAGCAUGACAGUCGUGCAGGUUGUGUAUCUAACUCCGUUCGAGGGGAAACUUUUGUAUUGAUAUAACGAGACUCGCGCUACAAAUCGGAGUUCAUAUACACGUAAUAUGUUCCCUUUCUCUUGCAAUUUCUACCUCUUUUCUUCAUUUUCAUCUAUAUAACUCCUUUAUCGAUAUUAAGGAUGGGCAAAAAGAUAGGUGACGACACUGCAAAUUUAUUGAUCUACAAUG